AUGAAAAAAUAGCGGAUCUAGGGUUUGAAGUUAGAUAUUCAGAAGGCUUAGCAUACUCUGGAUGAGGAUCUCAAAGUGAAAGAUGCAGGAAGUAAUAAGAAGAUGCAUGAUUGUAAUAGCAGCUAGAAAAGCUCUCAAAAAAAUGAUAUUUUUUAAGGAUCAAAUCAAUCUGUUCACGAUAAUUCAGCUUUACAACAAAGACCCACUAUGAUAAUUGAAUAGCUAUCCUAAAUGGACAACUCUGAUGGUUAUGAUGAAAAUAUGGUCAAAGAUAAUUUGACUGUUAAUAUCUCGUAAAAAGACAUGCCAAGAAAUCUUGCUUAUAAUCGGAAUUUUAAAAUGAGGUAGAUUUCUAAUAAUUUAGCUGGAACCUCUAAAAAAUAAAGUGCAUUUACUGUUAAUGACGAGAACGGAAUCCCUGAAGUCCAAACUUUCAAUUUUACCUCAGAUAUUUUGAAAUAAUAUGAAUAUGAAUAACCAGAAAUUAAGGUAAUUCAAGAUCUGCUGCUGUUGUCGCAGGAUACCUAAUGUGGAAAAAAGGUUUCAACUAUAAUGAAUCAAUCGAGUUUCUUAGAUCUAAAAGAGGGUUCAUAGAUCCGAAUCUUGGAUUCCUCGCCAAAGAAAAAAGUUGGUAGUGGUCACAGCACUCCAUAUUCACAAAGAUCAAGUCCAUCUAAAAAGCUUGGGUCCGCAUCAAGAUUAUAAUUUUUCAGGCCGCUUAGCGGAAUGGAUGUGAGUAACCCAAAUCCUUAAAACCUAAGUCCAAUUAAAUAAUAAUCCAAUAAUACAGUAAAAUAACCCAGACUAUUCACAAAGACCUUCAAUCAGAGUGAGGUUAUUUAACUCUAGCGAGGCAUCUCUUAUCUGAUGAUUCUGGCAUAGCUCCUUCACAAAUUUGAAAGAGCUCAAGAGAUCCUCUAUAUUUAUAGAGAUGGAAGUAUUACCUCAGACAAUCAAAUUCAAAAUAUGGUUAAAAUUCAAAAGUUGUCAAAAAUAAAACUAACCUAUCCACAAUUCGAGCCUCUAGAAGAAUUGGAGAGAACUCUGCAAAUAGGAUUGAAUUCACUUCAUGUAUCUCUUACUCCUAUAUCUAAUAGAAAUAAUAAAAGUGGGGGAAAAGAGAAUGGUGGAAGUGCUGCUUUCACAUUCCAAGAUAAAAGAUUAUUUCAAUCUAGUGCUACUAUUAACAACUAAAACUUAAACUCAAACAUCAAUAAUCAAAUAAUGAAUUCUCCAGGUUUGUGA